AUGGAAGUAGAAGAUGUUGAUAUCAUGAAAAACGAUAUCACAUUAGGGUUACGCAAGAAACACUUUCUCCCAUAUUGCCCCCUAUGCAAAACCUACCGUGACACUCCCAAAACACCCAUCAAACUACAAUUCCAAUCAAAACAACAUCUAGAUUUUUGUAUAAAACAACUAGAAAAGAAUUUGAGUGCCAAAAAAGUUAGAUUGCUUGGUUCUCAAGUAAUUCCAACUCAACCUGAUUCAAACAUUAUCAAAAUUAGUGUUACUGUUCAAAAAGAGGUUCUCAAUGGAGAAACUCUUCAACAAUCUUAUGAUGUUGAGUUUGUUCAACACAACCGCAUCUGUGAACCAUGUACUAGGGUUCAGCCUAACCCUAAUCAAUGGAAUUCUGUUGUGCAGUUAAAACCGCAACAUUGUGAUAUGCGUAGUUUCUUUCAUUUGGAAUGGCUUAUUUUGAAGCAUUGUGCUGCUGUUAAUGAUGUCAGAAUCAAUAAGAUGAAGCAUGGUAUUGAUUUCUUUUUCCCCGACAGAAGUGGCGCUAUAAAGUUUCUUGAUUUUGUCAAGGGAGAAGUUCCUGUGAGGAUUUCUGAGAGUAAGGGAUUUGUUUCUCUGGUUACCAAAAAGAGUAACUGUUACUCUUAUAGAUACAAUUUUUCUGUUGAAGUUUGUCCGAUUUAUCGCCAGGAUUUGGUUUUUCUGCCACCUAAAGUUGCUUCGUGUUUGGGGAAUAUCGGUCCUAUUGUUAUUUGUACUAAGGUUACUAAUGUUAUUACUUUGUUUGAUCCGUUGACCUCGACGCAGUGUUGCUUGGAUGGUGAUGUGUAUUGGAGGGCACCCUUCAAAUCUUUGCUCACUAGGAAUGAGUUAGUGGAAUAUGCUGUGCUCGAUGUUAAGGAGGUUUGCUCGGAGGUUACUAUUGAUGGUAAGAAAUUCGGUUUAGCUAAUGCUGAGGUUGCUCGUGUGGAAGAUUUGGGAAAGAAUGACACGAGGUUUAGUAUCAAGACUCAUCUAGGUUAUCUCUUGAAAACUGGUGACCGUGCUCUUGGUUAUGACUUGUGGGAGGCUAAUUGUAGUGAUAGUGAGAUUGAAUUGAAGGAGCAUAUAGGAGAUGGUGUGAUUUUAAUGAGGAAGGCAUAUGGAUUGAACCGCCUGAUGAAGAGACGCGUGGAGCAUCAGUCGUACUUAAAAGAUCUAGAAGAAAUCACUAAUGAGGUGCUCGGCAUGUCACUAGGCGGUGAAGAGACGCCUUUGGAGGAGAGGCUGGGUAAUCUUAAUCUAAGUGGUGAGGAAGAUAAGGAGAAGAAGAAGGCGCGGAGGAUGGCAUGA